AUGAACUGGCAGGAAGGACUAUUGCCUGUAUAUACACCGUCGACUGACGACUUUGCGGUAUUGGGACCUCUAAACGGGUCAGAAUCGAAGGAAUGUCUGGCAGAACUGCCGGAAACAACGAUGAGGGCCCAGCCUCCAGGGCAACUACUCCAAGAGAAAAAGAAUUUCUUUUACAUUACAGUCCAAGCUCUGGAGGACGCAAUCACUAACCCAAACGUCGAUGUCGCCGAUUUCUGGUCAAAUUACGGCGCAUCCGCUGGCCAGAUAUCUGACUGUGACGUGGGAAAUCUCCUUCAUGUGGUUGUUGACCUGAUCAGACUGAGGCCACACCUGGUCCGCAGAGCCCAGCCUAUCAUCAUUGACAAGCUUGUCAACGAAGUUCCCGAGCUUUUCAUCGGCCUCAACAGUGAUGGAUACAACCCUCUACAUCUGGCCAUCAAGGACCAGUCCUAUGAGCUGUUCCUACACAUUGAUUCCAUCUGCAACGAAAGCGGGAGCGCAGUCGUUAAACGCUACUUUGACGAGGCACUUGCGCAGACCUGUUCCGUCGCCAACAGGACAGCGUUACACACCUUCUUUGAAAAGGCCAGGCACUUGGAUCUUCAAGCAGCAGAAGUUCUAAUCCAGCAUGCCACGGACGAGCAGCUCGCCGCACAAGACGCCUACGGAAACACGCCCAUGCACUAUGCCGCAUCGUUCCACCACUGCCAUCUUGAGGGGCUCAAGGUCGUCGAGAUGCUCAUUGAUCGAGACGACCAGGUCAUCAAGAAGGGCGGCGGAUCGGGCCAGACAAGCUUUCUCGAGAUACGCAACGCCAACGGAUACUCAGUCUAUCAGACGCUCGCGCAAUCCAUGAAUGGCGAACGAUGCCGCGAAAACCCAUUACAGGAAACGGCAUUCCAGGAGAUGUCACUGCUGCUGAAAAAGCACUACAUGAGGACGAGAGGCCAUCGCGAGGCCACGUCUUUUUUGUAUGGGGAGAAUGUCGACGAUAUCGAAAUCAGCUUUCACUACGACAACUUGCCUACCAGCAUCAACUGGCAAGACUUCACUGAUCGUUUCGGACAAGACAGCACGUCUGGCAUCAAGCUUGAUAGCGUGCUUCAAUCCGUUAUUCUCCCGUCAAUUGAGAUUCGACUACACGGAGAGGUUGUCGGAGAAUAUAUUACUCGGAAGGACAUGGCCCCCAUAUUCCGCUGGCUUCACGCCAAAGGGGUUCGCCAUGUCAUCAACUUAUCCGUCGACGGCUCUAUCAGCCCAGACAAUUCUAUUCAGCGGUGUCUGAGCCAGAUAUCUGUCGAAAGUCUUGACUGGCAAAGGGAGGAUAUGGACUCUGAAGCAAUCUACAAGGCGUCUUUACAGUGGCUAGAAAGGAACCCUCACAACAAUCAACACCCCUUGAGAAAACUGUGGCUGAGAUGGAGUGGCAAAGCCCCUGUACUUCAAUCAUGGAGCAGGGAGAAAGGGUUGCCCAAGUUUCUGGGCCUUGAAAAAGUGUACCUGUUCAAGCCUGAGCGUCAUGGGACGUGUGACGAUGAGGAUCACAUCGAGCAAGCCAUUGCACAGUUUCGAGAAGAGCUGGCCGAGAACUCGCCCGGGAUCGAGGUCAUAGUCAAAGAAGCGGUCACGAAAUCAAACAACAGGCGGGAGUCUCUCGCCCCCCCUAUUCGAAGAGGUUUUGGCACGGAUUCCGCUUACGACUCAGACUUGCGUCGACAUUUGGAGAGCUCGUCCUACUUUUCGCGCCCGCUGAAAGAGAACUGGACAGCAAUCCGUCAAACGUCGGCAUCAACAGCAGGGGAGGACGUCGUCAUCGCCGUGAUUGGUGACGGUGUCGACAUUAUGGACGAGGCGCUGCGUAACCAGUGUUUGAUAGGCAAAAGCUUUGACUACUGGGACUCUGAGGAUGGGCAGAUGCGUGAAGUAUUCCUACCACCGUUCGUGUCAGGGUCAGACGGAACGGUGAUGGCGAACCUCAUCUUGCAUGUGUGUCCAAUGGCCAAGAUAUACCCCAUUCGACUUCCCAAAGCUGGUCUCAUCUUGGAUGCAGACUCCUUGGCCGAGGCUAUUGAAGCUGCUCUGGCGAAGAAAGCCACCAUCAUCUCUAUGCCACGGCUGAUGAUGUGCGUAUUGGCUCAGGACGGACCUGGAAAGGAGAAAAAUGAAAGGAAGAAAGAUACUGGUCACGAUACUGACAUCCCGUCUCUUUCUACAGUGCUCCGCGCUUUGAAGAGGGUUCAAGACGAGAAUGCACUCAUGUUCUGCUCUACGUACAGGAUUGAUAUAUUCAACGCCUAUCCUAAGGGCAGCCUCUUCAUUAACGACAUUUUCGACCUCGACGACAACAGACAUGAGCACUCGGGUAGAUAUUUCCUCUUUCCAGGUCUUGACUUCCCCUUGAGUGAAACGAGAUACAGCAUGUCCGACGACGAAUGCUUUGUGGAUGGCUUCACGAGGCGCUUUGCGGACUUCAAGUGCGCGUCGCCCAACAGCGUGUCCACGGCCCUGGCGACUGGUCUCGCUGCCGUGAUCAUCUACCUGGUCAAGCUGGGCGUCAUGUCAAACGACUGCCGCCCUGAUGAUCCGGACGCCCUGGUGAACUUUGAGUUCGCAGCGGAUGCCGCAGAGACAAUCGCACGACCUGAUGCCAUGGCUCGUGUCUUUCGAAAUCUCUGCCCCGACGCCAAGUCUUGUGAUCUCGGCCAGGUGUGGCACUCUCUCAACAAGAGGAUGACAGGACUGCGUAUGGCGGGCAUGUGGUCGCGCCGACGGACCUUCUUGGUCAUUACGUCUAUGCUCUUACAUGGCUGUUGA